GCGAUUGAAUAAUUUUUUCCCAAAUAAUGAGGUAUUUAUACUCUACUCAAGACAACUAAAGUAGCAUCAAGAAAUAUUUCAUCCAUAACCUGACUUAAAAAGGGGACAACCAUUAUCCAUGUUCCAUCCUCUUCAAGUCAGUUUUUGUCAUGACUUCUACUAUUAACAUUGCCACAUUAUCAUUCAGGAAAAGACCUGAUCCGGCCGUGGAAGUAUAGUUGAAAGAGAAAUACCUUCUUGACGUGCCAACUUGGUUAUUUCAUUUGCUAGCGACUGAUGACUUUCACACUCGCACUGAUAAUGGCAUGCCGCGUACGGCCAUAUACAAUCUGCUUGACUUCUCCUUUGGACUUCUUGAAUGCAAGAGAUCACAAGCCAAAUGAUCUUUGAGCACAGUCUUGGCAUUUUACUUGUCAGAACUGUAUAUUAACCCCUCAUUCGAUCCUGUAACUGCAUCAUCCAUCAAACAACAUUUCAAUACCUGCUGCCUGCCUAAAGAACCAAAAAUGAGAAGCAUUACUUUUCCAGCACCCCUUUUACUGCUCUUGAUUCUCCUAGCAAAUUACUUCAAUGUUUCAGAGGCUACGCCUACCAAACUUGGGGCCUGUAGGCCAAGCGGGACGAUUACAGGCAAAACACCCCCUCCAGGGCAAUGCAAUCAAGAAAAUGAUUCUGAUUGCUGCAAGGCAGGCGAGAAGUACAAAACAUACAAGUGUUCGCCCUCAAUUACUUCAGAAACAAGAGCUACUCUUACUAUAAACAGCUUUGAGAAGGGUGGAGAUGGUGGCGGUCCAUCAGAGUGUGAUGACAACUACCACUCCAAUAGCAUACCGAUCGUGGCUCUUUCGACUGGAUGGUACGAUGGAGGGAGUAGGUGCUUCAACAACAUCACCGUUAGGUAUAAUGGUCGAAGCGUACAAGCCAUGGUUGUCGAUGAAUGUGACUCGACUAUGGGAUGUGAUGACGACCAUGACUACCAGCCUCCAUGUCCUAACAACAUUGUUGAUGGUUCAAAAGCUGUGUGGGAAGCCUUGGGUAUUUCUGAUCCUGAUGAUGUUGGCUCUAUUGAAAUCACUUGGUCCGAGGACUAA